AUGAUGGCUCCCUCUACUGAGAGCCCUCCCUUCGGUCCAUCGCCGCCGCUGUCUUCGAUUGCCGGUCCUACCUAUGUGACUGCCCAAACAUUGGUCCAACAAGUGACCUACUCUCUAUCUGACAAGAUAUUUUCCUAUUCUCCCGAGACAUUCGAUCUUGAUACGGCUGCCAAAGCGUGGACCGAAGCAGAAGAGACGAAUAUCCAUGGCUACAAGACCGCAGUUCAAUCCAUGCAGAUCAGAAAUGGAGCAGGUUCAAUUGCCUUGGGGUACAUGUUCUCCAAGGACUUUGACCUGAAGAAAAGAGAUAUCCCUCAAGGUCUUCUUGCCCCAUCUUCGGCUCUGCAAUUCUUGCGACCUGUUCUGGAUCAGCUCUCUCUCCUCUAUUCCGUGGGUAAUCCAUUGGUGGCCCAUGUGGCAGCUCUCGACUAUGAAGGAGACAAGAAUGGUGGACUUGUAUCAGACUAUGUUUCUCCUCUGGCAAUUGCUGAAGAUCUCGGAUUGGGUUUGGUUUUGUCUCAGUCCGCAUAUGAGGCACAACAUAUGUCGCUGCUUGCCACUCUGUUGGCCCAAGAUCUUCCCACUCUUCAUGUCUACGACGGUGUCAGAACCGGCAGAGAAACAACAAGAGUCAUCGACGUCAUCUCCAAAUCUGGUCUUGGUGCUGCAUACAAUGCAGUUCUCAAAUCGGUCUCUGACGAAGACCGGAAGCAUUUGAGUCUCGAAGGCAAGACGUUGAGGACUCUUCGAGCUCUCAAUGAAGAACUCGGCACCGAUUACAAACCAUUCGAAUACUUCGGCCACGAGCAGCCAGAAGCGGUCCUGGUCUCGUUUGGUUCCGUCGAGUCUUCGUUGGCCGCUCAGGCGGCGACCGCCUUGGCCCAGUCCGGUAACAGGGUUGGGGCAAUCAACGUCCGUCUCUAUCGACCCUUCGCCGAAGAAUUAUUCUUGAAGCUCGUUCCCAAGGGCGUCCGAGUGGUCGGUGUUCUCGGGCAGGUCGUCGAUGCCCAAGCCGUCCAAGACGCAGGCAUUCACUCCCACCUCUAUGAAGAUGUGCUUGCCUCCAUUUCUUACGGGACAUCAAUUCAUGAUACUCCCGAGGUUCGAGAGUUGAAGUAUGCACGUGCUGAAAGAUGGACCCCUUCGUCCAUCUCAGCGACCUUCCAGCUCCUCCUCGGCAAGACCACCGAUGAUCCAGGUGUAACGACCUUUUUGGACGACUCAGUCCAACAAUAUACAUUCUGGAACGUCGAUGGUGCCCCCUGUGCGUCUGCUGCCGCUCAUUUGGCACAUGCCUUGACUCGAGAUUCAGCUCAGAACGUGACUAUGCAUACAACUCAUGACAAUCAUGUCCAAGGUGGCAUCCACCGGAUCGAUAUCCGAAAAUCUCCCAAGAGUCUUGACGCCUCGUACUCUAUCACUUCCGCCAAUACGAUCGUCGUCACAGAUGUGAAGCUUCUGGAGAAAAUCGACGUGCUAAAAUCCUCCCAAAAGGGAGGCAAAAUGAUUCUUGUAUUGCCUGGCGUCAAGGACGAGGACGUUGAGAAGAAGCUACCUACGGCCUUCAAGAGAUCCACUGUUGAAAACGAAAUUUCUUUGUACUUGAUCAAUCCUGGCAACACGGCUUUGAACGCCGGGAACUCGGAAAUCGAAUCUCUCAUACUCCAAACAGCCUUCCUCCGUGUGGCCCUCGGGAAAUCGGAGGCAGUUGGACUGCAAAAGCUCGCCACGACCAACAGUGAUAUUCAGACCCUUGGAAAGGUUGCGGAUGAUUUGGAGAAAACUCUACGCCAAAUCGAAGUUCCAAAAGAGUGGGCCGAAUUGGAAGUGGGUGCUACGAAAGAAGCAUUACCUUGGGACAUUUCUCCCAACAGCUUCGCUUUGUUUGACAAAACAGAAGAAGAACCACCGUCCGUCCUCCAUAGCUGGCAAAAAGUUGCCAAGGGACUUCUGUUCAAGGAAGCAUAUAAUGCGUCAAGUUCUCUUCGACCCGAUCUGCCGACCAAGACAUACACGGUCCAUGUGAAAGAGAAUCGCCGUCUGACGCCAUUGACCUAUGACCGAAACAUUUUCCACAUUGAAUUCGAUCUUGGACGCUCCGGCCUGAAGUAUGAUAUUGGUGAAGCCUUGGGAAUCCACGCCGAGAAUGAUCACGAUCAAGUCAUGGAGUUCAUCAAGUGGUAUGGUCUCAAUCCGGAAGAUGUGGUCGAGGUGGCUUCGCGAGAAGACCCAGCUAUAUUCGAAAAUCGCACCAUCUAUCAGGCGUUGAUGCAAAACGUCGACAUCUUUGGAAGACCGCCCAAGAAAUUCUAUGAAGCAUUAGCAGAUUUUGCCACUGAUGAGACCGAAAAGAAGAACUUGUUAACUCUCGCUGGUCCUGAGGGCUACAAGGAAUUCCAACGACGUGCAGAGGUCGACACUGUCACCUUUUCUGAUAUUCUUCUCGAGUUCCCAUCUGCUCACCCUUCAUUCCACGACAUCGUUCGUAUUGUUUCGCCGAUGAAGCGUCGCGAGUACUCGAUCGCUUCGUGCCAAGCCGUCACCCCCACCUCCGUGGCAUUGAUGGUCGUCGUUGUUAACUGGGUUGACUCCAAGGGACGUGAUCGUUUCGGUCAGGCUACCAAGUAUUUGAGUGAUCUCAAGGUAGGGGCUCCCGUGACUGUCAGUGUCAAACCUUCAGUUAUGAAGCUGCCACCCAAGUCAACUCAACCUAUCAUCAUGGCAGGUCUCGGUACUGGCCUGGCUCCAUUCCGAGCAUUCGUCCAACACCGAGCCAUGGAGAAGGCUCAGGGCAAAGAAAUUGGAUCUGUCCUCUUGUACAUGGGCUCACGGCACCAACGCGAGGAAUACUGCUAUGGUGAAGAAUGGGAAGCAUACCAGGCCGCUGGUGUGAUCACUCUGCUCGGCCGGGCAUUCAGCCGAGAUCAACCGCAGAAGAUCUACAUCCAGGACCGAAUGAGGCAGACUAUGGAUGACAUUGUCAAGGCAUAUAUCAAGGAAGACGGGGCCUUCUAUCUUUGUGGACCAACUUGGCCUGUUCCUGAUGUAACGAACGUACUGGAAGAAGCGAUUGCGAAAGAUGCAAAGGCAAAUGGUGUCAAGAAGAUUGACACCGGUCGGGAAAUCAUGAGGUUGAAGGAUGAAGGACGGUACGUGCUCGAGGUAUAUUAG